AUGUCUGAAGUUGAAUCAAUUGUCCGCCAAAUUAUACAAACAUCGCCUGCAGGGGAUGACACUACAAUCAUAAAAGAUAUCAAAACCUUGCUAAGCAAUGCGAAUUCGGACAGAUUAAUCUCCAAUGUAUUGCGUGACCAUUAUACCCAAGAAGUUAAAAACAUACAAGACUGUGGAGAUAUGAAGCUAGUUAGAAUAAAUGGUGAUUAUAGUAUCAUCUCCAACUAUAAUCAAAAGGGUUUGAAAUUUUUUGAUCUGAAAAAGGAUAUACUAUUUGACUACGAUUUCAUUGGUAACAAAGUAAUCGAUAUUGAAAGUGGGGUUCCGAACGAGUUGAAAGACGAAUCGGUUGAGUCAUUACAAGAAGAACUAGAACAAUACAUAAGCGAAUACUAUAAUGAAUCAAGUUAUGGUAUGGUUAUACCACACAAUGAUGGAAUUAAAGUCUUAAUUGUGGGUGAGAAAUUAAAUGAUGCAAACUACUACAACGGCAAAUGGGUAUCUGUUUAUACACUAGCAAACGAUGGGAGAUUUUCUGUUGUCUUUAAGAUCAAAGUUCACUAUUACGAGGACGGGAAUGUUGUAAUGAAUAGUGUGAAUGAAAAGGAAAUUGGACAGUCUACCAAGGCUCAGUUGAUCAAUGAUGUUUCCAAGUUUGAUAAUGAAUAUGAGCUUGACAUUAUGAAGAAGAUCAACUCACUUAACGAAGAAAAGUUCAAAAACUUGAGAAGGUUGAUGCCAAUCAGUAGAGCAAAGAUCCAGUGGGGUAGAGCCAUUGGCAAUUAUAAACUUGGACAGGAUGUUGCAGGCGGUAGACAUUAA